AGUCAUUUUUCAAAUACAGUAUGUUGAAUGGAUGUCCGGUUUGGUCCAGAGUAAAUGAUGAAAAUAAACGACCUUAAGUUUGGACUUUUUACCUCAAUUUUGCCUCUUAGGAAACGUCAUGUUUUUUAAAAGCCACAUUAAGACGUUUAGAUAUUUCACCUUAACCUGUGCUUACAUCAGACUUUUCUUGCAAAACCUUUUGAAAGCCAAUAAGCUCACGGAGAGUAAAAUAGCCACGAAGUCACAUGCUCCAGAACGCCGCUUAUGAAAGCUCGUGUCCACGACUUCAACAGUAGGCCUCUUGUGUUUGCGUUGAGCAGCACAUUUAGCCUAAUCUUUCUAGUUUUCACGCUACAGCCUAGAAUUUGCGCCCGCUGUGACUCAGCCAAGACUGGAAAACAGUGUUGUUAAAAAAAAAUGACUUUAACCUUAAAGGGAGUUUACCACAUCACGGCAUUUAGUUGGUAUGCUUUUGUUGUGAUCACUCUGGCUGCUAAAGAUGGAGAACAAUUGCCACCUGGGAUCUUUGUGUAUGGAGGACCUUGGAAAUACCUCACGUUUUUGAACUUGCUACUCCAAAUGGUAUUCUUUGGACUGGCCGCACUUAACGAUCUUCAAUACGGAAAAAGCUUGGACAGCACACUGAACAGAUGUACAGAUCUAAUAUUCUCUGUCUUUUCCUUCCCGGUGGGCACGUUUGUCGUCGUGCUUUUUUGGGCUAUCUUUGCUUACGACAGAGAGUUAGUCUACCCGGCAACUAUUGACGCCUUUCUACCUCCUUGGAUAAACCAUGCCAUGCACACAUGUGUACUUCCUUUGUUACUGGGAGAAUUUCUGGUGCAGCCGCACGCCUACCCGAAGACCAAAGAUGCAGUGGCCACACUGGGAGCCGUGGGUGUGGGUUACCUUCUUUGGAUUGUCUGGGUGUACUUCUCCGCGGGGAUUUGGGUGUAUCCCCUCCUUGGCCAUUUCAGUGCUGUCGGACUGCUGUGCUUCUUUUGUUUGAACAUGUCUGUGGUGACCUUGCUUUACCUGCUUGGAAACCAACUCAACCGCUGCGUGUGGAAAUACCCACACUGAUUAUUCAAUGUCUUUCCUGGCUUUUGUCACAAAGGCAACCGACCACAUUCUUUCAAGAAUAAAACUUUUUCAUCUGCGGAUCUGAUAUCGAGAUAUUAUCUGUAUAAUUCCGGUGAUAGCUGAACGUCGUCACCGUUCAGUCAAUAUCUUCACCAACAGCACUGCCUUUUUUUGUCUCGUAAGUCUUUAAGUCAAUCCAUUUCAUCCGCCUCGGAGGUCUCGGUAGCCUUUAAGGUGGUGGAGGUAGUUCGGAUCUGCAUCCACUAGUCCAACUGAAAGGAUCCUGGCCAAUAGGUGCACAUCUCCUUCACUCAAAUCCUUCUGUUCACACACAAACACAUCCAUUUAUCAAGCUGUUAUUGCAGAAUGAGCACUGGAAGCCUUUAUUUAUUUAUUAUUUACCAAUAUACAGUAUAUAUUUUGAACCUGUCCUGUUCAGCUGCUCAGACACGGAGAAUAAGGGUCUGAUGCUGCCUUCAUGCUGUAUUGCAAUUCUGGUAAAUACCACUCGUCUCGUCGAAAACCACGUGUAAACCAUAUUUUCCACUGGAGAACAGGAAUUUUACGACAGUACCCGAGUUUCCGAGA